GCCCGGUCCUUCUUUCCCUCCCCAGCCCCUUAGGAAGUAAAGUAGUCCUCCCUUCCUCUUUCUCUCUUUCCCCCUCAUUCUUCUGAUUUUACUCCCCAUUCACCUUCCACCUCCUCUCCCCCCUAAGAAGAAGGACAAGAUAACGUCACUGGGAGAGGCAGUAACCAUGAGCCCCAUCAGCUUCCAGAAGCCAGGAGGACACCCCCUCAUAUAGAUACAUGGAGGGCAUUAUUUUAUAAACAAUUGUUUUUUUUAUUUCAUUUUUUUAAUGGACCGGAUGAUCUCCAAAUGCAACAGUGAAACCUACAGCUUUGCAGGGGAGGUAGCUGUAUCCGGUUGGGUGGCAGGCGUAUCCACGGGGUACCAUGAAGUACUCUGGACCCCUGGAGAGCCAGAGACUGUCCUUUCUGUUAGAAAGGGCAGUCUCUAGAGAAGCCCAGAUGUGGAAGGUGUAUGUGCAUAAGACACCAGCCAAUCAGGAUGCAGUUAUUUCUCCGCAACAGCGGGAAGAGGUGAUCCACUGGUUGGCCGAACUGAAGCACCAGUUUCAUGUUUACCCAGAAACCCUUGCUCUGGCUAUAAGUAUUUUGGAUCGUUUUCUGGCCUCAGUUAAGGCCCAUCCAAAAUACUUGAGGUGCAUUGCAAUCAGCUGCUUUUACCUUGCUUCAAAAAUCGUUGAGGAGGAUGAACGGAUUCCUGUUCUCAAGGUCUUGACACAAGGUAGUUCCUGCGGCUGCUCUCCAUCUGAGGUUCUCAGGAUGGAGAGGAUUAUUCUGGACAAACUGAACUGGGACCUUCACAUGGCUACACCUUUGGAUUUCCUUCACAUUUUCCAUGCCAUGCUGCUGACCGCCAGCCCACAAUUGUUAGACAAUAUGUCGGAGGUGAACCCAUCACAGCAUGUCGCUCUGCUGACUCGCCAGCUCCUGCAGUGCAUAGCCGGUCACCAGCUUCUGCAGUUCAAGGGGUCUAUGCUGGCACUGGCUCUUCUCAGCUUAGACAUGGAAAAACUGCUUCCUGAUUGGCUUGCUCUUACUAUCAAACUGCUUCAAUCUGCACAGAUGGAUAGCACUCAGCUGUUUCUCUGUCGGGAAGAAGCAUCGCAGCACCUUUCUCUUCUGAAGGCUUCCUUGCCUCCCAACGCUGUAUAUGUCUACAGUCCCCUCAAGCGGACACUGGUGACCUGCAAUAGAGGAGAGUACCAAUUCCGUCCCUCCCCUGUCCCAGGCCCCAGUGUCCCCAACAAGGGCAAAAGCACACCGGGAUCUCUUAUGAAGGGAGCAAAUUACUUCUACCAGCGUCUGGCAGCUCCUGUAGCCUGCAAGCAGGCCUCCACUAAGAGAAAAGUGGAGCAGAUGGAAGUUGAUGACUUCUAUGACGGUAUCAAAAGGCUGUAUAAUGAAGAUGGCACUGUUGAGGUUGGGGGCAUGGAGAUUGCUGCAUGUAAUAGUGGUCUGUCCAGGCAAGAGGGCAGCAUAUCCCCUUGCCCCCAGUUGCAAGCAGUGUCUGUCAUGUAACAUCAAAACCACAUGCUAGAUUAGAUUCCCCUUGACACCUUCAGCUGUGGUGGGUUACCGCUGUCAAUGCAGUGCAUUGCAGAUCCCCUAAACAGGAAUAGUGUUCAAACCACACCAAUAGCUAUAAAGUGUAGUCAAAGGCCAUGCCCUACCAGCUCUGGGCAGAGGUCCACAAACUCUGCCUGAUUUCUCAUGCUGCUGAUUCUUGUUCCAUCUCUUGUCAUUUAAAUAAAACUUAAAAAAAAAUAUAUAAAUGAAAAAGAACAGAAAACAAAAAGUACAAAAAAAAUUACCAAAACAACCAAAAAUAUUGACAAAAAAAUUUAGAAUUGUUUAACCUCCUAGUGUUGUCAGUUCCAUUGUGUUCUGUGAGUAUAUCUACUGUAUCUUGACAUUUCCUUGUAAGCCCAUCUUAUCUUGUGUUCUAGACUUGUCCUUUUAGUAGAGACUCUUAUCUUCACUUAUGCAUUACCUCCCUUCAUUUUCAUCUAAUGCUGUUGCUUUCAUGUGAAAACUGACCUUACACUAAAGAGAUAUUCAUUGUUAUCAAAGUACCAGACAAAAUAGUAGCUAGGAAUUGACUUUUUCCAUUGUCAGUCCUAAGUGCUCCCGUCUUUUUGGCAUUAUGUGGGUUUAUAUAGGACAUCUACUAUACAAAAUAAUUGGUGUUUCAUUAGCUCUAGAAAUGGCGUCCUUGCUUUCAUUCCAAGCAUUGGGCCCUGCAGUUCUCUGCUUGUAGUGAGCCGACGAUACGUAUUCUUGCAGUCUAUGUGGCAUGAUUUUCCUUGCAGGUCUGCACCCACCAGAUCAUUUUCAAACACUUUACUGAUUAGGAAAUAUAUAUAUAAAAACAAAGAGAAAAAAAAUAUAUAUAGCUUUAAUUUGUACUUGCGUUCAGAAUGCAUCAUGAUACAACCAUGCCUGGUUUGGAGGAAUGUUGUUAGCAUAUUUUGCACUCAGAAGUUCCUUAUUUCCCCUGGGACAGUGUUAUAUAGAGUUCAUUAACUUCAGGAAAGAUGAAAUAGUUAGCAAUACCUAUUCUAUGUCCCAGCAUGCAUCUUUAUUCUUUAUGUAAAACUGUCUUUCACAACAACCUACUUUAGAGAUCACUGCUUUAUCUGGAGAGGCACGGCCGAUGGAAUCUAACUCCCAUGUAAGUUUGUCCUGGUUGCAAUAAAGUAAAUUGCCCUAAA